GCAUCUACGUUACUAUCCUGCUUGACAGUAGAGCUCGAUUCCUAGAUAUAACCUCUUUGCCUUUGCGUUUGCGGCAGUUUGCGGUAUAUUUAUCAGUACCCGCAUAAAGUAAACAGUAUAAUAUUUGAAAGGAUUAAAAGUUUUGGGAAUUUUUUAACCUUGUCGUAAUUGUGCGUUAUGGCUGAAACGCCCUAUAAAUUAAGCUGCACACUUGUUGGGCAUAAACUCGAUGUGCGAGCUCUUGCAACUUGUAAAGACGGAAGUAUUGUGUCUACCUCCAGAGACAAAACUGCUCGCCUCUGGAAACCAAGCGGAGAUGGGAAAACUUACACCGAAGUAGCAACUUUAACAGGCCACAACAACUUUGUCAGUUCCGUCUGCGUUCUAGACGCGAAUGAAAAAUACCAGACAGGUUUGAUAAUCACCGGCAGCAAUGACAACAAUAUUUGCCUCUACACCCCCGGGGAAAGUGAACCCUUUCACACAUUCAAAGCCCAUCAAAACACAGUCUGCAAUUUGCGAGCUAGUCAGGAGGAGGGAACUUUUUUAUCCAGUUCUUGGGACAUGACUGCCAAAUUGUGGGAUCUAAAGGACAUAAGUAAACCAAAAUUAACACUGGUUGGCCAUGAAGCUGCUGUUUGGUGCGUGGCAGAUUUAAAAGACGCUCUCUUGAUCGUCACCGGAUCUGCCGAUAAAUUGGUCAUAGUUUGGUCGAGAAAUGGAUCUGUUCGGCAGAAAUUAACUGGCCAUACAGAUGUCGUUCGAGACGUAACUGUCAUAUCCAAUGAGGAGUUUUUAACAUGUGCCAACGAUGCAACCGUCCGACACUGGAAUGCUUCUCAAGGAAUUUGCCUUGGUACUUAUGAAGGACACACGAAUUAUAUUUACAGUAUCUCGGCCACUCCAUUGGCUGAAAUGAUUGUGACUUCUGGGGAAGAUCGCAGUGUCAGAGUUUGGCACAAAGCGGAGAUCAAGCAGACUCUUUUCUUACCACCUCAGUCUAUCUGGUGCUCGAAGAUAUUACCAAACGGUGAUAUAGUCGCAGGUGCUUCCGAUGCCGUCAUCAGAAUAUUUUCGAAGAAUCCCGAUCGCUACGCUGAUGCACAGAUUUUACAAACUUACGAAGAAGAGGUGGCGAGCGUUCAGAUGAGCGCACAGCAGGAACUUGGAGGCCUCAAAAUUAGUGAAUUGCCAGACGCGAGCGCCUUACAAACACCAGGUCAAAAGGAUGGUCAAACAAAAAUGGUCAGAGAGGGUAAUGGCGUAGUAGCGUACAGUUGGUCUCAAACUCAGCAACAAUGGCAAAAGAUUGGAGACGUUAUGGGAGCAACAGGUGGCACAACAGAAACUUCGGGAAAGCAACUUUACAAUGGUAUCGAGUACGAUUACGUUUUCGCUGUUGACAUCGAAGAGGGAUCUCCACCUUUAAAACUACCCUACAAUAUUGGCCAAGAUCCUUGGCAUGUUUCUCAAAAGUUUAUUCAUGAUAAUGGCCUCAGUCAAUUAUUUUUAGACCAGGUGGCUAAUUUCAUAGUCAAGAAUUCUCAAGGUGCGCCGGUGGCAAAUACGAAUGCUCAGUAUGCAGAUCCGUUUACAGGCGGAAGUAGAUAUAUUCCUAAUUCGUCCGAGGUCCCAAGUACCCAUCCGGCUAAAUCUCCGACUGCUAGCUCGUCCAAUUCUUCUGUUGGUCCCGCUUACAUACCCCGAACUACUUAUUUAAAACUAGAGCAAGCUAAUCUCGCAGCGAUACUGGAAAAACUACGGGAGUUUAAUGCGAAACGAGACAGCUUGCAGCGAAUACUGGACGAGAAGUUGGAAUCAGCAGUGAAACUUGCAGGAGAUGAAAGUGUAAUUUCCGGAGCGAUAGAUGUUCUGAAAAGUCUUUUACAUUGGCCAAAUGAUAUCGUUUUCCCGGCCCUUGAUGUAGCUCGGCUCGCCGUUUUACGGAAAGAAGCUAACGAAGGCUUGUGUAACGAAGAAUUGAUACAAUUUCUGAGACGACACAUUCAAGAAAACUCUUUGCAGGCCAACCAGAUGCUUAGUUUUCGAUUACUGGCGAAUAUGUUUGCUCAUGAAAAGGGGGAAAAGUUUGGCCUCGAGUAUCGAGACGAGAUUUUGAAGAGUUUACUCAAUUUAUCCUCUCUCGGGAACAAAAACAACCAAGUAGCAAUAGCCUCAUACGUGUUGAAUCUGGUGGUCGCAUUGAAUAAACACAACGAUGUACCAGGAAGGACGAGAGCUCUGAAUGUGAUUUUCUCUUUAAUUCCUCGUCUGCAGGAACCAGAGGCGAUUUUUAGGAUUUUAGUGGGAUUGGGUACUCUGCUUGCUGCCACUCAAGAUUCUGAGGAUCGCAACGAGCUGGUUGCAGCUGUACGCCAAUCCGAAACUGCCUUGACCAUGCUUAGAAACUUGUCGGAAGACACUUCCGUUCUUAGUUCGCAGAAUAAGCUCGCCCAUUGUUCGAAGCAAAUUAUUGACUUAAUUUUCUGAACUAUGGCUGCAAUGAUUUUGUACUUUUUGUAUCUACUCGUAGAGAUUGUACAGUUCAGUGAUACUGUUGAAUACAGUUUAUUUAAAUUUAAACGUAUCGGCAAAAUAUUAAAAAGUUAGUAUCACUCGUGAUUAUCUAAGUCUAAGUGAAUGUGACGAUGAUUAACUUGUUCAUCAGGUUUCAUAGAGUCUGAUCGACUGACAUCCAGUUAAUGAGCUUUUGCACUAAGUUUUUAUAUUCAUUUGAUGGAAAAAAAUAUUAAAAGUAAGGUAAAGUUUGUAUUUGAGAAAUAAAAAACUGAUAUUUGAGAUUUAAGUGAAAUAUAUGAAAGUACUUCGGUGUAAUGGUAUUUAAUAUGCUCUGAUUAUCCUUUGCGAGUUAAUGAACGUAUUUUAAUCCCAAUUGAUACGGUUUACUUUCAUUUACGGGGUUUUAGGCACGAUUCGAAAUUGCGCCGGAGUUAAAAUUCCAAAAACACAG